CCACGACCCCACGGCCACUCGUCAUGACCUUUCAAUCCAAAUACUAGUCCAUUGACCAUCGCUCCUCCUCGGUUCUUGGGUUAGUAGCUCGAGUAACACGCACCUUCGUUUGCUCCAUCGCCAGCCGGACUCUCCUGUCGAUCUCUUCCUGUUAUGGGCCUGCCAGAACCCAUCUUCCCGCUGAGCGGUCACUGCUCGGCCGUCCACGAUGGCACGCUCUACGUGUAUUCGCCCGCUGGGUUCCAGUCACUGGACCUCUCGCAAGGCGCAAAGUGGGAGGCAUUACCAAUGGACAUCUCGUUGACCGGCGCGCAGUGUGUCAAGGCGGUACCUGGAGGAGAUGCGAACGCUGCUAUGCUGUAUGUGGUGGGAGGAUCGGUAAACGAGACGGCGUCAACGUGGGACUACCCUGGAUUGAUGCAUUAUUCUUUCGUGCAGAAAAAGUGGGACUGGGUGCGGCCGGAAUCUUGGGUCACGCAAAACCGACAGAACCACGCUGCCGUCUAUCUAAACGACUCGCAAUCCCUCCUUGUCUACUCCGGGUCGCAGACAACGGGCGAAAAUGGGCCCUCAUCAUCGACCUUCCUCAUCUCCACGGUGCCUCCCUACAACGUGAGGAGUUCACCAUCUGCGGACGCACCACCCGGCGUUAAACCGCUGCUCAUGCCCUGGGAUUCGAACCAUGCAGUGAUGAUCGGAGGCAGUGCUACGAAUACCGCCGUGUUCACGUUCGGUGCGGACGAGGGUUGGCUAAAUCUGGGCGUCGACCUCACGCAGCCCAUCACUAAUCAAGAUGCGGUUCAGUGCACGCUGGUUGCAGGAGACGAUGGGAGCAAGGUCUUGGAAAUGUAUGACAUGAGCGUGUCGCCUAACAAGGUCACCCGCAUUGCUCUUCUGAACCAGGGUGGUACUGUGGCGGCUCCGGGAACGACUGUUGGCGAGAAGGCGAAGCGACUGACCAUUCAGGACUUCCCAGACUACAAUGGGACCUUUGCUCCAACUGCCACUCGAACGGGCUACUCUAUUGCCCAGGGCGAAAACGGCUAUGCCGUCGUGACAGGAGGGAGCGAGGAGGACCCAUUAUGCAUUUUCGACCAACACGACAAUGCUUGGAUCAACGCUACGGAGCUAUUUUCUGGAAAGCAGCAGCAGUCCGUCCUCAAACCGACCUCUUCAGCUACAGGAACACCCACCAACGUCCCGGCAUCUACUUUACCCAGCGCAUCGUCUUCGGCUUCUUCCACCGCAGCUGCCACAGCUGCUGGCCCUGUCAACAACAAGGACAGGAUGCUGACAGUACUGGGUGCAACGCUGGGAGCAAUCUUUGGCAUUGCUGCAAUUCUCAUCCUCCUCCUGUUCUGCUUGAAGUACAAGAAAUCAAAGAACAAGACGCAGCAAUCCGGGUACAUCGAAAAAGAUCGCUUAAGUUUUGCGGACCGAGGCGCCGAGUUCAUGAGCGAAGCUGGGGGAGCGGUUGGACCCAAGUUCUCAUCAUCGAUGAAUGCAUCACAAACAUCGCUAGCAAUCGUGAGCGGCCGAGUAGCAACUGGACAUAAGAGGGGCGUGGCGAGUGAUGCCAGCACUGCCGGAUUGGUUAAGAAGACCAGCCCGCUGGGAUACUCGGAACCAGUCGAAAUGUCGAAAUUUGACUUGAAGCCUGUGCCGGUUCAGGAGAAGAUGGUUCGUCAGAACUCUGGUCGCAUACCGACCCAACCUCGCGCACCGAACAUCGGUCGAAGCCGCAGCUCUGGAUGGAGUCGCUACUUCGCGAAUAAUGAAGCCACGAAUCUAGCACACAUGCCUUCCAAUCGGUCAACGUUCGCGUCUGAGCGGACGAGCACCGGCAGUCAGUCAAUGUACACCGAUUCACGAAUGUACAGCCAGCCAUCGCAAACGGUCCCUCCGCUUGAGAUUCCGAACACCAAAUUCGAUGGACAGCGCAUCAGUAAAGUAGUCACCGGGAGUCCAACACUGGGUACCUCGCAGGAGACCUUGCCCCUUCAGCCGAUGCAGGCGGAACUGGCACGGGCAAACUCGAAUGGAAGCACCCGCUCCGGCAUCAGUCACGACGACCACUAUCUCAGAGAACCCGUGGAGAGCUGGACACCUGUAGGUGACAAUGGUCAUCAUGACCGUCCUCCAAGCAGCAACUACACUGGCAGCAUCGUUAUCGACAAUUAUCGAGAUGGUGCUAGCUCUUACUAUGCCGAUGGCGCUAGUUCAUUCUACCCGAAGAGCAACUACAGCUCGUUCUAUCCUGGCCAACCAAAGCUCGGCGCACCCGAAGGUCGGGAGAGCACCGUCACAGUCUUCCCGGGCGGUAACCCAGCAAGCAAUCCACCAGCUGGCCAACCACAGACCAACCUCAACUCGUUCUACCCUGCGCCACCACGGCUUGGGGGACCCCCCGAAGAUCGUGAGAGUACGGUGACGGUAUUCCCACGUGGCACCGCAGACAAUGCACCUAAGAACGGACAGCAAGACAUGUCUUGGUUAAACCUGGGCGCCGGGAAAUGAAUAGCCACGCCUUUGGGAUGAUUUAAACGCUCUCUAAUCGGCGAUGCGCCGAGGGGUCGUAAUUCCCUUUUUCUUCCAACUAUCGGCGGUUUUCUGCAUACGGUCCGGAACGCGCAAAAGCCCAAUGAGUCUUCAUUUCAUGGCCAUCUCUCAACAUCCUUCGCCGGAUCUUUUUUUCUCAUCAGCGUCAUGCAUGCAUGCUAGCGGCCGGCGUCCGAAUCUUCUGCCAUUUU